GUAAAAAUCGCCAUCGGCACCAUUAUUGAAGUUAAAGACUUCCCCCGUGCAAAAAAGCCCGCUUUUCAGUUGCUCAUCGACUUCGGUGACGAUAUCGGCAUCAAAAAAAGCUCCGCCCAAAUUACCACCAACUACACCAAAGAGCAGCUCCUCAACCGUCAAAUCGCUGCCGUCGUCAACUUCGAACCAAAAAAUAUUGCAGGCUUCACCUCCGAGGUGCUCGUGCUCGGUGCAGCCCUACCCGACUCCUCCAUUUCACUCCUCAACAUCGACCACGUCACGCCCAACGGAACAAUUAUAACUGAGCACAUCCAACAAAUUUUGGAGCACUUAUUUCCCGAAACGCCCAUCCCCCUCGCGCACAAAGAUGCCUACACUUUGCUCAUUGCUGUGCUCCUUUCGGCUCAAUGUACCGACGAGCGCGUCAACCAAGUCACCCCUACCCUUUUUGCCCUCGCCGACACGCCGAGCAAGAUGUCUGCCAUCUCCGUCGAAACCAUUCAGUCCAUCAUUCGUCCUUGCGGAUUGUCGCCCACCAAAGCCAAAGCCAUCCUCCGCACUUCACAGAUCUUGGAGGAACAGUACCAAGGUCUAGUGCCACCAAGCUUCGAGGCCCUCGAAAAACUUCCCGGUGUCGGACACAAAACCGCCUCGGUCGUCAUGUCGCAAGCUUUCGGGCAGCCGGCUUUUCCCGUAGAUACCCACAUUCACCGCCUGGCGCAACGUUGGGGACUCAGCGAGGCAAAAAACGUAGUUCAGACCGAAAAUGAUUUAAAAGUCACAUUUCCGGAACACUCUUGGAACAAAAUUCAUCUACAAAUGAUUUUCUUCGGACGAAAAUAUUGUCCUGCACGCGGUCACGACCCCCAAAAAUGCCCAAUAUGUAGCAUAUAUGGUUCCAAAUUAUUCGGAGUGAUUACCAUCAUCGUGGGCGCACUUUUGCUAAUUGGCUUGCGCAUGGUCAACCCCAAUAGCGCAAAAAUAUUCACGCUUUUCGGAGAAUAUGUGGGCACAGUCAAUGAAAAUGGGUUGAUUUGGGUGAAUCCAUUUUACACACACCAAAACAUAUCGCUUCGAGCUCGCAACUUCGAUAGCCAACGCGUAAAAGUAAACGACAAGCGAGGCAAUCCCAUCCAGAUAUCAGCCAUAUUGGUCUGGAAAGUUGCCGACACAUUCAAAGCCGCUUUUGAAGUGGACAAUUACGACAACUUCGUGAAAGUACAGACCGAAGCAGCAGUGCGUCACCUUGCCGCGAGUUAUUCCUACGACAACUUCGCAGAUGACACCUCCGAAAUCACGCUUCGCUCCAGCUUCGAAGAGGUGAAUCAUGCCCUUGCCAAUGAGAUACGCGAACGCCUCUCCAUGGCAGGCAUCAAUGUACUCGAGGCGCGUAUAGGCUACCUGGCUUAUGCCGAAGAAAUUGCAAGUGCUAUGCUUCGCCGCCAACAAGCUGAGGCUAUCGUAUCAGCUCGCUUCAAGAUAGUAGAAGGUGCUGUAAGCAUGGUCGAGUUGGCGCUCGCCGACCUAUCCAAGCGUGCAAUCAUCGAUCUUGACGAAGACAAAAAAGCCGCUAUGAAAAAAUUUGUACUGCGCAUAGACGAAUCUACUAUGGAAGCCAUAGAGAAAUGGGCAGCUGAUGAGUUCAGAAGCACCAAUGGACAAAUAGAAUGGAUGCUCACCACUAUGCUGCAAAAUGCAGGACGGCACCCCAAGCCGGAGCGCAAGAAGAAACCUAACAAAGCG